AUGUCGGCGGCGAGGCAGGCCGGCGCGGAGAAGGCCGAGGGGGCCGAGGAAAGGUGGACCGCCGGGGAACCGGGCGGGAGUGCGGGGGGCUCGCGCGGUUGUUGCUCGGCACCUGGGCCCUCCCGGCCGCUACGAGCGCGAGGACGGCGACCUGCCGGGGGCAGGAGCGGGAAGAAGAGCUGUGGCUUGGAGGGCGGAGAGGGCGCAGAGGAGCUGCGUCGGGGCUGGGUGUUGGUGUUGGUCGGCGGCAGCGAGAGUCUCCUCCCCGCUGGCACCGGGCGCCGAGGCCACACCUGGUGGGUUUCUUCCCAGGGCGGGGUGCCGCCGCCGCGCCUUCCCCGCCCCUCCGCUGGUGUCACCAACCCCUCCCCACCUGCGCCCGCUGCCCGCGGCUCCGCCCUGCGCCUCCGAGGCCUGAGUAACGCCGGGCGGGGCGGGGUCCCGGCGACCCGAGCGCCCCGGGCGCAGCCACCGCGGGAAAAACAGGCGCUCACGGGGGCCGCUGCGUUCGGCGCAGGGGCGGCUCGGGCGGGGAAUGCGCGGCCUGGCUUUUGAGGAUUUCCUCGGUUCCCGGGCGGAAAUAGCUGGCAUGGAAGGGCCUCUCGAUUGGAGAGUUACUUGUUAAACAUUGACUUUUGUUCAUCCCUGGAAAUGCUAACGGCCUCUCAUGGAAUGGAAGCACAGUGAAGGAGGGAACGCUUAGAAGAUGGAGUUUUAUUUGGGGGCUUUUUUUGUUUCGUUUUAUUCCAGGAACUCAGAAGUCCGAUUUCUAAUGUGUAAAACCUAUUUUUAUAGAAAACCACCACUUCCUGGUAAAGUCUUCACCGUAAAUAUUAAUCUCUUUUGCAUAAGAAGGAAAACACUGCAACUAUUUUUUCAUGGGAUAACAUGAAAAUAAAAAUUGCAAUUUAUUUUAUUUUUUUCCCUUCUGAUGGUCGUCGUAAACGAGGAGCUUUCAACGCCAGGUCCAGUUUCCAAAUUUUGUACAAGAACCUUGCAGACGCUGGUCUCUGGUGCCCUUCGCAGACCCAAUCCUCUCCAGAACUCAGUGCUGUUCCCAAAAGUCAGCGGCGGAGGCCUCCUGGGACUUGAGCCUGAGGGUUGCAAAGAACCCUGGGCAGAGAUCAUCAGCUUGGUACCGUUGAGUGACUCGGAGCUUGAGCAUUCCAGAGACUUGUUCCAGGGCCGCUCCCAGUUAAGAGGCUGAGUGUUAACUACACCGUGGGCUCCAAGAACCGAACUGGGUUUGGAUCCAGACCCAGUCACACCAUCCAUGAAAAGCUGUUUCUAUAAUAUGGAAUACUGUUAAAUGACUCUUUAGCAAAAGCCAUUUAAAGAUCCUUCUAAUAAAUUUUUCAUAUUUCCAAACAAUGCCGCUAAUUAUCUUCCAAAAUGUUUGUGAACUGAAAACAAAAAUAAAAAUCAAACUACAUAUUUACAUUGUAAAGAGAGUUGGGGGGGGUGCGCUUUCCAAAACUUGUCAUAUUACAGCACUUCUCAUGACACCUUGACCCUUUAGGCAUAAUUUUGGACAAAAUGUCUUGCUCUUUUUCUUUUUACAGCUGAACAUCUUAAAUUCAAGGAGUAAGCACGUAGUGAGAUAAAAGUUUGUCACUGUUAACACAACCAAUAAUUUGCAUCAUGGUCUCAAUUUCCUCGUAUCUUUAAUAAAAGC